AUGGCAGACUGGUCCGGCCAGAGCUACUGCCUGUCCUGCGACAAGCUUGGCGACAUGUCCUGGAUGCCCCUCGGCAACGCUGCUUUACAAGCGUUUGACACAAUGCAAUUCGACACGCUGGUCCCAGCCGAGCUUAACACGGCCAUGGCCGAUGAUGCCGCACCGAGCAUACAAUCCUGGCCCAAUUCGCCCUCCAGCCUGCUAGGCGCAUUCUCUGAUGCCGUCACCGCAUCUACCUAUACCAGCCCGGACGACGUCGGCACCGAGCCAUCCUCGUCAAGGCGGCAUAGCUACUAUCACCUGCAGCAACACAAGACAAAAUCGCAAGCCGGCCGGUCAAAACGGAGAGCCAGCUCGUCGGUUUCAAAGUCACAAGCAGCCACUACAACAUUCUCUAUAGAAGACGGCAGCCCCAGUACCUCAACCGCCACCAGUAAUACCCGGAGGAAGAAAAAGACGAUCCGUGAAAAGAACAGGACUGCCGCGACAAAGUACCGCAACAAGAUAAAGAAGGGCGCCGAGGAGCUGCAGGAGAUGGAGAGCCAGCUCUCCGAGAAGAACAGAAUUCUCAGCGGACAUGUCGAGUGCCUGCGUAACGAGAUCCUGUCGCUCAAGACAGAGAUCCUGCGGCACGGCACCUGCGAGAGCCCGCUGAUACAAGAGUACAUUAUGGAGACGGCCAAACGACUGUGA